UGGAAGAGGAAGAGCCGGGGUUGCCCAGGGGUGGGCUGGGCAUGUCUGAGUCUUCAUCCUGCCCCACCGGUCCGGAGACCCCUGCCCCAGGCUGUAGGCUGGGGGCCUUGUACUGGGGCUGUGUCCGCAAUGACCCUGUCCAGCUUCAAGCUACGUUGGAUGGUGGGGUCUCCCCUGAAGAGGCCACCCAGGUGGAUGGCAAUGGGAGGACAGGUCUCAUGGUUGCCUGCUACCGAGGCUUCGAGAGUGUUGUGGCUCUGCUCAGCCGCUGCCCUUUCCUCGAUGUGAACCAGCAGGAUAAAGAAGGGGACACUGCCCUCAUGCUGGCUGCCCAAGCAGGCCAUGUGCCUCUGGUGAGUCUUCUGCUCAACUAUUACCCGGGCCUGGACCUGGAGCGCCGAGACCAGCGGGGGCUAACAGCACUGAUGAAGGCCGCUGUGCGGAACCGUUCGGAAUGCGUGGCUGCCCUCCUCAUGGCAGGUGCUGACCUGACAGCGGUGGAUCCUCUUCGGGGCAAGACGGCCCUAGAGUGGGCACUGCUGACCGACAGCUUCGACACUGUGCAGAGGAUCCGGGCGCUGCUGCGGCGCCCCCAAAUAGAGCAGCUGAGCCAGCAUUACCAGCCCGAGUGGCCAGCCUUGCCUGGGCUUGUGGCUCAGGCCCAGGCCCAGGCCCAGGCUACCCCAUCUCUCCUAGAGCGACUGCAGGCCACUUUGAGCCUCCCCUUUGCCCAGUCUCCUCAGGAGGGGGGUGUCCUGGACCACCUCGUGACCAUCACGACCAGCCUGGCCAGUCCCUUCCUCACCACGGCCUGCCACACCCUGUGCCCUGACCGGCCACCUGCGCUGGGCACCCGAAGCAAGUCUGUGCCAGAGCUGCUAGGCACUGCCCCACCCCCUCCCCCAGCCCCCCAGCGCCCCCAGGUAGUCCCUGGCUCCCGGGUCCUCAUCCCCUACCAGAGCCGUCAGGGUGUGCUGAGUAUGUGCCCUCAGUGGCUACAGCCCAGGGACAGUAGCAGCCCCAGGCCCCCAACCCCCAAGAUCCGCCUCUCUAAGGCACCCUCAUCUUCCACACAGUACAAGCCAGAGCCCAGGCGCAGAGAUAAUCAAAGCCUAGCCCUUCCUGUCUGGAGAUACCAGGAGCUCAGGAUGGAGAGGAAGAGGAGGGAGGAGGAGGAAGAUAGGUGA